AUGGAUGUUGGAGCCGAUAUCACAGCGAUUACUUGCUGCAUUCACGCUGUUACAUCAAUGGGGACAGCGAUGGUGACGGGGAAGCGGAACGAAGUGCGACACCUGGUUAAAGUUUUUAAUGCUAAGAACGAUGGAGCUUGCCUCGAAACAGUAUUUCCCGUGAUGAUGGAUUGGCCCUGCACGUUUAUUAUUCCGUUCAAGGUCGACCAUUUGUCUUUCACCACGGACUCUCGGUAUGAGCAAAAGUUCCUCAUCAACUGGGAUUCCUUUCGAAGCGGAGGCCCGAUAUUCUUCUACGCGGGCAAUGAGGGAGACAUUGAAAACUUUGCCGAGAACACGGGUUUCAUGUGGGAGUUGGCGCCCGAGUUGGGAGCUGUGCUGAUUUUUGCGGAACACAGGUACUACGGAGAGUCCAUGCCCUUCGGCAACGAUUCCCUGUCCGGUUUCAUGUGGGAGUUGGCGCCCGAGUUCGGAGCUGUGCUGAUUUUUGCGGAACACAGGUACUACGGAGAGUCCAUGCCCUUCGGCAACGAUUCCCUGUCCAUAAUACGGCGUGCGAUGAUGAUGGCCAUUACGAUGAUAAACACCAAUCAACCAGCAGCAACUGAUGAUGAUGAUGCUGCCGCACGUGGCACAACAUGUUUGUUGCCAAUCAUCAUCGUGUGCUCAUCUGCUGCUGCUAUAUAUUUCGUUGCUUGUUAUUAUGACGACGAGAUAAUACGGCGUGCGAUGAUGAUGGCCAUUACGAUGAUGAACACCAAUCAACCAGCAGCAACUGAUGAUGAUGAUGCUGCCGCACGUGGCACAACAUGUUUGUUGCCAAUCAUCAUCGUGUGCUCAUCUGCUGCUGCUAUAGUGACUGGUAUGAACCACGAUGAAUUAACACCAAUCAACCAGCAGCAACUGAUGAUGAUGAUGCUGCCGCACGUGGCACAACAUACCAAGGAGAACAGAGCGUAUCUGAGUUCUGAACAAGCUCUGGCAGACUUUGCAGAACUGCUGCACCACCUGAGACAUGCUGAUGGAGACACGAGACUCAGGACCAGUCCCGUGGUGGCCUUUGGUGGUUCCUACGGUGGCAUGUUGGCCGCCUGGUUCCGCACCAAGUACCCGCACAUCGUCCAAGGGGCUAUCGCGGCUUCUGCACCAGUCGUCCAGUUCCAGGGAUUCACUCCGUGCGAGACGUUCAAUGACAUCGUGAGGAGGGAUUUCCAUGCUGCGACACCUAGUGGCCGCUGCGAUGAACGUUUCGGCCAGAGCUUCAAGUUGCUCAAAGCCGCUGCGCAGCAAAAUGACUUGGAUCAGCUGAGCAAGACGUGGAAACUGUGCAAACCUUUGAAGAACUCGACGGACGUGGAUGGCAUCAUCGACUACCUGGUGGACCUCUUUGGCAACGUGGCCAUGGUCAAUUACCCGUACGCGGCCAACUUCAUCAUGGACUUGCCUGCCAACCCAGUACAGGUGCACAGCAUGGCCAUCAACCACACUGGCAAGUUGGACUGUUGGGACGUGUCCACUUCGUCUGCUCAGAAGCUGGGCACUGCAGCCUGGGACUUCCAGUCAAUAAGACCAUCACCUGCUAUGGUGGUGGUCCAGCAUGCAGAGCGUGCAGCCUGCACAGAAAUGGUCAUGCCCAUGUGCACCAAGAAGGCCAACAAGAUGUUCCCCGAGUCCAAAUGGGACCUGGAGGCCUACACAGAAAAGUGUCUGGGCCAGUUUUCAGUGAGGCCCAGGCCAGACAUGGCCAUGAUCAACUAUGGCUCCAACUGGCUCCAGGCUGCCUCCAAUAUUGUAUUCAGGUAUGACGGGGCCCAUCACCUGGACCUGAGGGGCUCGAACCCGGCUGCUGACCCGCCGAGUGUCACGCGGGCCAGGGACUUUGAGCGGGACAGGAUCCGGGAGUGGAUAGCUGCGUAUCAAAGCGUUACGGCUGACUCGCUGAUGUAA